ACCGGGCCAGCUGCAACAACUCGUCAUGGCCCAAGUGAUGAAGACACUCCGGGCAUGCAGUCGAGCAUCCAUGCCAGCCAGACCUUCCUGCUCGGUAACCAUCCGAAUCAUUGCCCCUUCAUGUGCUGCGUCUCAACGCCCUCCUUCUUUUAAUGCCUCAUCAAUUGGAAUACCGGCAAGGAGGAACUUAUCAAGCCAAUCCUACGAUCUGCGUGACGAGACAUGCGAAUGGUUCGAGAUCCCUGAUGGUCACUCGGAGUAUCACAAGGACCUAUACGAGCCUACAGACUUCGUGUUGCAUCCCAGAUUCUUGACCGGACAGGAACAAGACCUCAUCCUCGAUCACAGUUUAACCCGGCUGGACAAGAUGGAAAGGCCGCGAGCAAGAAGACGAGGAGGAUCUCAAAGAGCUGGCGGAACAGAGCCAAGGAGAGAGGCGAGCAGAUUUCGAGCCGAGGAGGAGUACUCGUUCGAAGCUGGACAUUUCGACCAAGUCAUUUCAGGCUAUCGCGAGAUGCAGCUCGGCCAGUUCGUCAGUCCGUCCGACACCACUCCCACACAUCAAUCACUCGCAUCCAUCCUGGCCAGACUGCAAGCCCUCCUACCCGAGGCCCCUCGUCCUCCCUUGAUCCAUCUCCUCCAUCUUUCAUCUCAAGGCAGAAUCGACCCCCACGUCGAUAACCUCGAGGCCUCUGGCUCCACCAUCGUUGGCCUCAGCUUGGGUAGUACCCGAGUCAUGCGACUCGGCCAUCAAGCCGCCCCAAUCCAUACUCACCUUAAAGUGCUCUUGCCUCCCGGUAGCGUUUACAUCCAACGUGAUUCGGUGAGAUACAACUUGCAACAUUCGAUCCCAAUCCAUGAUUCCUUCAAGAAUCAACCAAUCAUCGGCGCCCAAAGAUUGAGCAUAAUGCUAAGAAACCAGCACUGAGACCAGAACUAUCGCUAAUCAGCACACGAAGCCAUGUGGACCACGCGUAUCGGUUGGACGGUCGAAGGAUGUUCAGACGGAUGAGGCUGAUUCGAGGGCUGGGACGGGCAACAGAUCAGUGGACGGGUUUAGAGCUCGACUCAGUGCUGAAGAGUGGCACUGAAUGGACCAGAUGGACUCAGGCACGGCACUAGAAGCACGUGGUGCGCGUCGCUGAAGCCGUGGGAUCUAGAUGAUGAUUUGGCGGCGGGAAUUUCUGGGUGUUCCCUCUGGUCACUGGAGGCCGGGGGUCGCAUCUUGAGCUUAUAGCUGGCCUAUCCUACGCCUUGAUUUGUCGGGAUCAAAAGACACUCCUUGAUUUAAUAUAUCCUCCAUUGGUACAACAUGUGUUUACAACCACUGACAAAAAUAUUUAAUCCCUCUGCAAACCCCAAUGGACCUCAGCUUUCUUUCUUUCUUUCUUUUUUUUUUUUUUUUGGCUGCUUUCUUGGCUUUCUUCCUAAUGUCUUGUCAGGAGAUAUACUUGGUAAUACUUCCAGGCACCAAAGCUGUGGUGGUGGUGGUCGUGAAAAUGGAGAAUGGAUAUAAGGAUUGCCCCGGUAUCACCAUUUGAUGGGUUGACGGGUCUAAUCUGUUGCUAUGUCCUCAGAA